UCCAUUUGACAGGUAGCGAUUUUGUAUUUUGUCACGUUAAAGAAUCCGUUUGUGUGCGCGAAGGGUGUGUGCCCCAACAAAAACAUUCUGAUUUUCAUGUGGUGGUUGAAUUUCUCCACUUAUUACCCUUUAAUUAAUUAAUUAAUAUCAGGUUGUGUAUAGGAUAAGCGUUCAAAAUGCCCAAACAAAUGAACGUAAGGGUGACGACCAUGGAUGCGGAGCUGGAAUUCGCCAUCCAGCAGUCGACAUCUGGAAAACAGCUCUUUGACCAAGUGGUCAAGACCAUCGGGUUGAGGGAGGUCUGGUUCUUCGGUCUUCAGUACACUGACUCCAAGGGGGAUCUUACCUGGGUGAAGUUGUACAGAAAGGUCAUGGCCCAAGAUGUCAAGAAGGAGAACCCCCUGCAAUUCAAAUUCCGCGCCAAAUUCUACCCGGAAGACGUGGCGGAAGAACUGAUCCAGGACAUCACCCUGCGACUCUUCUACCUCCAAGUGAAAAACGCCAUUUUAUCCGACGAGAUCUACUGCCCACCAGAAACUUCGGUACUUUUGGCCUCUUAUGCCGUCCAAGCCAGACAUGGGGACUAUCAAAAGAGUCUGCAUAAUCCAGGGUUCUUGUCCAGCGACCGACUUCUGCCACAAAGAGUAAUGGAUCAGCAUAAAAUGUCAAAAGAAGAGUGGGAGAACAGCAUAAUGACUUGGUGGAAGGAGCACAGGGGGAUGCUAAGGGAGGACGCCAUGAUGGAGUAUCUAAAAAUCGCGCAGGACCUGGAGAUGUACGGGGUGAACUACUUCGAGAUACGUAACAAGAAGGGGACGGAUCUGUACUUGGGGGUGGACGCUUUGGGGUUGAACAUCUACGAAAAAGACGAUCAGUUGACCCCCAAGAUCGGGUUCCCUUGGUCCGAGAUCCGGAAUAUUUCGUUCAACGAUCGCAAGUUCAUCAUCAAACCGAUCGACAAGAAGGCUCCGGAUUUUGUGUUUUUCGCACCGAGGGUCCGGAUCAAUAAGAGGAUUUUGGCCCUGUGUAUGGGCAAUCACGAGUUGUAUAUGAGGAGAAGAAAACCGGAUACUAUUGAUGUUCAACAAAUGAAGGCGCAAGCGAGGGAUGAAAAGUUGGCGAAACAGGCCCAAAGGGAGAAGUUGCAGUUCGAAAUUGCCGCCAGGGAGAGGGCGGAGAAGAAGCAGCAGGAGUAUGAGGACAGGAUUAAAGCCAUGCAAGAGGAGAUGGAACGUAGCCACGCCAACCUACUGGAAGCCCAAGAGAUGAUCAGGAGACUCGAGGAGCAGCUGAAACAACUGCAGGCAGCCAAGGAGGAGCUGGAACAGCGUCAGAACGAACUUCAGGCGAUGAUGGAACGUCUGGAGGAGAGCAAAAACAUGGAGGCGGCCGAACGUCAAAAGCUCGAGGACGAAAUCCAGGCGAAACAGGUCGAGGUGCAACGGAUCAGAGAGGAGGUCGAGGCAAAAGAUUCGGAAACGAAACGACUUCAGGAGGAGGUGGAGGCCGCGAGACGCAAGGAGGAGGAACUGAGACAGCAACAGUUGGCGAACGCCACCAAAGGUCACUUGGAGGAGAACCAUCACGACGAAGAUGACGAGUUGGUCAACGGGGACGUCAGCAAGGACCUGAACACCGACGAGAACAUCGUCGAUCCUAUAGAGGACAGACGCACCUUGGCCGAACGUAACGAACGUUUACAGGAUCAACUUCAGGCAUUGAAGAAGGAUCUGGCCCAAUCCCGUGACGAGACGAAGGAAACCGCCAUGGACAAAAUCCACAGGGAAAACGUCCGUCAAGGACGCGACAAAUACAAAACCCUUCGGGAAAUCCGUAAAGGAAACACCAAACGUCGUGUCGAUCAAUUCGAGAACAUGUAAAUUGCAAAAAAAAACGAAUUAUUCGGACCUAAAAUUAAUAUUACGACCAAUUAAACAACAAUAAAUACAGUUUUUAAUUUUAAAUUAAACCGUAACAAUUUUCCCUAUUUAUUCGUUUUAAAUAUUCAAAUUUGUCGCAUUUGGUGCAAGUUUUGGGACCCUCAGAACCUAAAAAUGACCCCGAUUUUACUCUAUCGAAUGUCGUUUCAAUGAUAUCGCGAAAAUUACAGUCUUUAUUUAAAAAAAUGGGAAUUUUUUGAGGUAUUAACGAAUUAGUUUUUUCCAUAUAAAAAUUUAAAUUCUAACUUUAAUAACUCUCAAACUACUUCAAGGAUUUUGAUGCGGUUUUCACUUAAAGUUUAAGCAACUCCUAAAGAACAUUUUGAUAUAUUAAGCACUGUUGUAGCUCAAAAACUUCCUGAGCUAGACUCAUUUUUAUGAGAAAUUAACCUGGACAAGCCUAAAAUUGGAAAUUCUUGAAUAAUCAACUUGCGAUAAUUCGAAAGCUAUUGAAGGUAUUUUAAUGAGGUUUUCACUGAAAGUUGACGCGUUUUUCACAGAACGGUUUCAUAUAUGAAGAAUUUUUGUAGCUCAAGUAUUUUCUGAGUUAGACUCAGAUUUAUCAGGGGUGGACCUAGGCAGGUCAAAAAUCGCGAUAAUUAAAUCAAAUGUUUAUGGAUUUUUAUGUUUUUUUGUAUUAAAAUGAUGGCAAUUUCUAAGGGACCAGUUUUCUAUAAAAAAUACUUUUUUAGCCUAAAAAUUUAAUAAUUUACAGCCGUUUUUGUUAAAUCAAGUUUAACAUCACUUUUUUCAGCAAAAAAUCAACUUCCUCCCUUGAUAACUCCCAAAGUACUUCAAGGAUUUUGAUGCGGUUUUCACUUAAAGUUUAAGCAACUCCUAAAGCACAUUUUGCUAUAUUAAACACUUUUGCAGCGCAAAAACUUCCUGAGCUAGACUCAUUUUUAUGAGAAACGAACCUGGAAAAGCCUAAAAUUGGAAGUUCUUAAAUAUUCAAAUUGCGAUAAUUCAAAAACUAUUUAAGGCAUUUUCAUGAGGUUUUCACUAAAAGUUGACGCGUUUUUCACAGAACGUUUUCAUAUACGAAGAAUUUUUGUAGCUCAAGUAUUUUCUGAGCUACACUCAGAUUUAUCAGGGGCGGACCCAGGCAGGUCAAAAAUCGCGAUAAUUUAAUCAAAUGUUCAUCGAUUUUUAUGUUUUUUUCUAUUAAAAUGAUGCCAAUUUCUAAGGGACCAUUAUUUUAUAAAAAAUACUUUUUUAGCUUAAAAAUUGAACAAUUUACAGCCGUUUUUGUUAAAUCAAGUUUAACAUCACUUUUUUCAACAAAAAAUCAACUUUCUCCCUUAAUAACUCCCAAACCACUUUAAGGAUUUUUAUGCGGUUUUCAGUUAAAGUUUAAGCCACUCCUAAAGAACAUUUUGCUAUAUUAAACACUUUUGUAGCUCAAAAACUUCCUGAGCUAGACUCAUUUUUAUGAGAAACGAACCUGGACAAGCCUAAAAUUGGAAAUUCUUAAAUAAUCAACUUGCGAUAGUUCGAAAACUAUUCAACGCAUUUUAAUGCGGUUUUCACUAAAAGUUGACGCAUUUUUCACAGAACGUUUUCGUAUACGAAGAAUUUUUGUAGCUCAAGUAUUUUCUGAGCUAGACUCAGAUUUAUCAGGGGUGGACCUAGGCAGGUCAAAAAUCGCGAUAAUUAAAUCAAAUGUUCAUCGAUUUUUAUGUUUUUUCUAUUAAAAUGACGGCAAUUUCUAGCUUAAUAAUUCACGUAAUUAUAAUUCAAAAAUCCCUGGACUUGACUCAUAAUUUCCUUCUUCCAGUAAUUCGGCAUUGUACAGUUCCAUGGUAUUGGAAGACUGGAAUUAGAACUGCCUGGACUAAUUAAAUCAUUACUCGCUAUAAAUACUUUCAUUAGUUUUCUUAAUAAUUAAUAAUGAAAAUCCCUUUUUUUUCUUAGUUUUCCUCAUAUCCUGAAAUCGUCAAAGUUUUGAGGAAAACAGUCAAACUGAGUUCAACUUCUUGGCAAAAUAACCUCAACUUUUUGAAAUAACCUCAAACCGCAGCCGACCCUUACGUUACAACCGAGUUUCAUGAUAACGAUCGGUUAAAUUUGCGAUUAAAACGUGUACAGAAAAUAACCAAAGAACCUGCGAAAGUUUGUUUAGAAAGUCAGUAAAAUCGGUACAAAAACCGUGUUUUUGUACAUUUUUUAGUACAAUUUUUUGAUAUCUUAGAAACGAUAUUCGGCCGAUUAAAAUCAGAGUGGCCCAAAUAAUUUAGUUGCUUUUUUGAAUAUUAUUGUGCAAAUUUUUACAUAUUCGGGUCGAUAUCUUAAAACGAAACAAUAUAUUAUAGUAAAAUUGAUGUUAUUUUCGGAAUCGGUGGGGUUCAAAUACCCCAGAACGGUUUGCACCAUAUCGAUACACCACUGUUAUUAUAGACGUUUAAGCGUCUAUAAUUCAUUCAAUUUAAGGAGUUUUUCAAGUCACAUAAAGUUUUGCUCAUGCGAACAAUAACAAUAACAAAUUUACUAUUACUAUUAUUAUUAUUACUACUACUAUUUAUCUCUGUUAAUCCAGUGAAAUUUUACAAUGCUCAUCCCCACUAUAUAGUUUUUUAAACAUAUAUGAACUAAAAAAAGGUUGAUGGGUAUGAUGUUGUGCUAGCAUUAGUGUCUCAUUAUACAAACAUAGUUGAAGAAAAGUAGAAAAGAAGAGUAAGAAAAAAAAGAGUAAGAAAAGUAGAAAAGAAGGCAGUAAUUUUAAAACGCCUAUUUUACUCUAAUAAAUAACUAUUAUUAUUUGUUAUGGUACUAUUUUUAAGGUUUUAUCUCAAAGUAAUUAUUGUUUUGGAAUUUGACUAUUUAAACCGGUAUUAUAUAUUUUUAUUCUUUAAAUUUAAUUUUCAGUAUUCAAAAAUGAACUUUGUACAUCACCUCAUAGUUUUACCACCUUACACAUUUUUCAUUUACCUAAAAGUCAGAAAAUUAUAGUUUUUGGUUAACUGUAAUUUUCAUUGCCAAUCAUAGUUCCCAAUUAAAAUUUGAGAUAGAUAUAGAUUGUAGGUGAUGUUCAUUUCACAGGUAUUCAGCUGUAACUUUGCGUAAAAAAUACACGUAUUUAUACCUGGCUCUUCUAGGAGCCACAGUUAAAGGCCCAUGAAACGAACUUUAGGUACAAGGUGUUUCAUUUAAGAGGAAAAACGGCAUAUUUUUUACUUUUUCCGUAUCUUUACAAAAUUGAAGAUAGCCAAUCGACGUAUUUUAACUCGGAGAAUUUGAAAAUCGUUAUAAGAAAACAAUGUCGUCAGUCUUUUUUGUUUUCUUGUGACGAUUUUCAAAUUCUCCGAGUUAAAAUACCAGUGGCGGCUCAUGGGUCAAUCUUCAGGGGGGUCAUUUUAGUUUGAAAACUUAUAGUUUACUCUAAUAAAAAAAAAACAAAUCAAGCUAUUGAUUUUUUAAAGUAUUUGAAAGAUUGUUUUCUCGAUGCUCAACAUAGACAAGGCACUAAGUCUAGAUUGUCUUAUCGUAUUACGCAGGAAUGUUUUUACUCUUUUUAAAGUAGAAAAACAUCUCUCACUUUCCACGGUUGUCAUAGGGAGUGUGCACAAUAUAUUUAAUAAUUUCACUGCUUCAGAAAAUGUUUCAGAUAAAUUCAUGUUAAUAAAAAGCUGAAGUAUGGCUACUGCACCGGCACUAUUGCGAAAAUCCUCACGACAAUAUAUGACUUCAAGUUCCGAUUUUAAUUUGGAAAUAUUUACUGUGGGAUAAUGAUCCUUGACUGUGUAUGCUUCAAAUUUCUCUGUGUAGAAUAACUGUAAAAUCAUGAGAUGAUCAUUGAAAUCAAACCUGUGAUUUAUUUCAGAUAUAAUAUCACAAAUUUCCAGUGUAGUUCGUUGCUUUAGAUCCUCUGUAGCUGUAGUACUUUUUCUUUUUUUUUGCUGUUCAUGUGCUUGGUUCUUCUGAUUCCAAUAUAGUAUUUCUAAUUAUUUGGAUAUUGUUGUUAAAAGACAGUAUAUAAUUUUUAACAGAUCUGACAUCAAUAUCUCGCAUUUGUAAUUGUUUAAACAAUAUAUCAACAUGGGGCAUUAUUUUAUGGAAAAAAUUUAACCAAAAUAAAAAAAGCUCAUCUUCCAAAUGUCUUUUUAAACCAGUUGCUUGAUUUAUAUUGUUACCAUCUUGCUCCUUAUCAAUAAUUUCCUCUAAGCAAGAUUUUAAAUCAUCUUUAUAAGUGUAUACAAUUUCAACACAUUUUGUAUUGAAAGCCCAUCGAGUGGGUGCAGCUUUAGGUAGCCUUACUUUAACCACUCUAUCCAGAACCAUCGUACGUUUUGGAGAUCGGUCGAAAAAGGACGAAAAUGCGUGUAAAUUUGCAAAAAAUAUUUUUAUACGUUUAUGUUGACUCGCCGCUUUUUGCAGGAUAAGAUUAAGUUGAUGGGCAUAGCAGUGAAUAAAGUGUGCAUUUGGGUAUAUUUCUUUAAUUUUUGUUUGUACUCCUCCCAGUUUACCGCUCAUGACUGAUGCACCAUCGUAACUUUGGGCAAUCAAUUUUUCAGGUGCUUCAUUAAUUUUUAAUAAUUGAAGUUCUUCCAAUAUUACAUUAGUUAAAUGUUAUGCUGUGGUACCUGGUGGGUUAACAAAUUUCCAAAAUCUUUCAUGUACAAUACCAGUUAAUACAUAUCGUAAUAUGACAAUCAUCUGCGUUUUAUUGGAGCUGUCUGUGGUCUCAUCUACUUGAAUUGCCACAAAAUUUGUCUGGCCAAUCUCCUUAAUUAUAUGAGUAUGUACAAUGGCUAACAUUGAUUCUAAAAUAUCGUUCUGAAUUGUUUUUGAUGUUGCUUUAAAUACUGUACAUUUUUCAAUAUAUUCCUUAAACAUUAAAUCCAGUUCAGAAAUAAAAUCGAUAAGGCCCAGAAAAAUUCCAGGAUUAUUGGAGCUGUUACUUUCGUCAUGACCGCGCAAUGCAAUUUCGAAAACUUCGCAAAAUUUUACACAGACGAUUAUUUUGUUUAAAGUACAGUAACUAACUAAAACAAAACAUUCAUCCAGUCGGGCCGUCGACUACGUUAGCGAUAUAGGACUGAAAGGUGACUCUCACUCCCGCUCACGAAAUGCGAAUCUGUCCUCUUUGUUCUAUUUUACAUGCAUUUCUCCAUAAGCCAUAAGAACUGUAUAGGGACAAUUUAAAAUACGGCCCAGCCACGGGCUUGUGUGAUGAGCGCGAGGCGCGACGUUAGUAAUAUAUUUAUUUGUUUUGCUAUUAUAUUUGUUUUGCCAAUGCAGACUUAGAGAAUUUUAUAAUUCACAGUGAAGUUUUAGAUAAAAGAUAUUUUUAAUAAAAUUGGUAUAUUUAUGAGAUUAUUUUAGGGGGGUCAUUGACCAAUUGACCCUAAGAAGGAGCCGCCAUUGUAAAAUACGUCGAUUGGCUAUCUUCAAUUUUUUUUAACACAUUCACUGCCCAAAAAAAUCCUAGCGGUCACAUGUGUGCCGCCUAUUUUUUUAAAAUAAUUUUUUAAUUUAAGGCUAGUGUUAGGUUUAGGUUAGUGCCCUUAGCUGAUAUUGGCCAUUUUUUUGUAAAAAAAACAAGGCCGCCCUAGGGGCGGGCAAGGCACAGGGCAAGCCAACUACUUAGCUUGUGCCCGAUGCCGCCUCUGCGGCGUUCAAUUGACAUAUAAUAUAUCCUUUUUCGAAAAAGUCGAAGUAAAUAAUAAGACGAUACACAUACAUAUUUUAAUUUAUGAUAAAUAUUAAAGUUAAACAAUAAAACACAGAAAAUAAAAGAAAAAUAAAACAAAUAUGGCAACAAAAAAACUGAAACUAAACUUUAUUCAAAUCCAACAUAAUAAAAUUCUAUGUUGAAAAAUAUGAAAACUCAAAAACAAAAUACAAAAUCACUCUAUCAAAUAAACGAACAUAGUCAAAUAGAGACAAACACGAACAAAAUUUAUUUUGUGGAAUGAAAUACUCGAAAACAUGGAGUCAAGCAAAGCCCAGGUUGGUUAGGACACAAAGGACAAUAAUAAAUUGAAUCCUUCCUUUGUUUUUUUUGUUCCCAGCACACAGCGCACCUUCUCCGUUUGACUCUAGUAUUCUCUCCAUCAGGUUUAGGGCAUAAUUCAGGAAGAUGUGUUAUUCUAAUUUUUGGCAACGGCUCUGUUGGAAGGGGUCCUAGUAGUUUUUCAAUUAUAGAUAAUCUAAAGUCAUAGAGGUUUUUCUUAUUGUUAGGAUGUCCUUGCUUGUAAAGGUAAAAUGAAGUGAGCAACAUCAUUUGAAAUAUAUGUAUGGCUAAUUUUUUGUACCAUAUGAGGGUUUUAUGCUCACAAGAAUAAUAAGAAAGCAUUUGGUCACAAUGGUCCACUCCUGCCAUGAAUUGAUUAUACUUAUUUAUCAUUGCAGGUUUUAAUUUUUCUUGACCACGCUGAGUUGUCACUUUUUCAAGUUGCCCACCAUAUUGGCUGGAUAUAGCCAGAAUUUCACGACGGUCCUUCCAUUUCACCACGCAAAUCCCUUGCGAAUUGUGCUGAACAACUAACUCGCCCUUUUUUAGUUUUUUUUUAAUUAUUUCUUGAGGAUUCCCUUUUCUGUUAGACCGGAGUGUUCCAGUUACAUAUGUUUUUCGGGUAAGCAACUCCUCGGCAAGUUUUACACUAUUGUAGAAAUUGUCCAUAUAUAGCGAGUGACCGUUGUCCAAUUUCUCCGCCAUUAAAGCUAACACAACUUUUUCUGUAUGCCGUUCACCAGAUAACUCUGUAUCUGCUGAACCAGCAUAUACCAGCAUCUUCAGUGGGAUGCCUUUAGGUUCGCAUAAAACAUAAAGUUUUAUGCCAAAUUUAUGCCUUUUUCCUUUGACGUAUUGGCGAAAUUUUAAACGGCCUCGCCACAGCACCAUAGAUUCAUCAAUGGACAGUUCGUUAGUUGGGUAAUAAAUCUCUACCAUUUUAUUAUUAUAAUAAUUUAUUAACGGCAUAAUUUUACCCAAUUGCGUUCGAGGUUCGUUGCUGUCUGUGUUUUCAAACUGCAAGCUUCUUAAAAUCAGCAAAAAUCGAUUGCGACUCAUAAAUGAUGAAAAACAUGUCAGGUUAAAUAAAUAGUUUUUCUUCCAGUAGUCAUUCAUUCUAUUAAUUUUAAUUGUGCCCAUAUGAAAAAGUAAACCCAAAAAUGUUCUCAUUUCUUUUGGAGUAACAUCAACCCAUCUAGUAAUUCGCGCUUCAUCACCUCUGCCCAGUGAAAUUAGGUCGAUAGCAUGAUUAUUGGCUCGACUACAUAACAUGUCAAAAAAAACGUCUGGGGCCAUAAUGUUGAAAUAGUCUAUUGGCUCGUUGGAAUUAACAUUGACUAGUAAUCCUGGUGUCUUUGUAAAAGAAAACUUUUGACUAGGAACCUCAGCAAAAGUCCAAAAAUCCAUAGAUUUUCCUUGAAUAUUUGGUAAAGAGGGUGGAGGAGAAUUCACAGGGGCAGGAGGAGGGGGAAGGACUUUUGGAAAAGAAGGAAGAUCUUCAUCUUCGGACUCACUAACCUCGUUUUCGGUUGAGUAAUCAGGGUCCUCGUCGGAGCUAUUUUCAAAUGGAUCGUUUUCACUUUCCGACUCUUCUAAAAGAGCUAACAACUCUUCAUCAGUUAGUCUUUCUUCCCUUUUAUUAUACUUCACCCUCUUUGACGGUCCAGGCUCGUCUGCCAUAAUAAUCUGUAAGAAAAUUCAUUAAAACUAUCAUAAAUUUGCCUGUGCCCUUGAACGCCUCUCGGGCGGUCAUUAUUUAAUUUUCGUGUUUAUAUAUUCAUAUAUCUAACAAAAAAUUACUAGAAUAACAUGAUUUUGGUAUUUUUCUAUGAUUUGCACUAAUAAAAUAAUAAAAAAACUAGAAGAAUAUUAAAAACCUACCUUUUACAAAAAACUGAUAAAAAAAACACACAGAAUUAACACUUUCAGAAACCAAAGCCGUCACGUAGUAAAAAUAAGGUACACAAAACAUCCGAUCAUAAUAGUGAACGAAUUCAAACUGACCGUGCUUAUUUAUCUCCCUAUGAAUAAGCGUUAGACGAGAACGCCGCUCGGGCGGUCCCGGCAUUUUUACGAAGUGCGCAUGAACGCCUCUGAGGCGUUGCUGGCAGUGAAUGUGUUAAUAGUCAAAAAAUAUGCCGUUUUUUCUCUUAAAUGGAACACCCUGUACUUACUAAGGCACUGUUAAGGUUGAGUAUGUUUAUAGAACUCUAGGACUUACCGCAAUUUAAAAUCCAACAUUCGCAAAUACUUGGAUUUUUAUAAGGAAAUUUAAACAUAUUUAACGUAGAAUUCUUUCUUCUAGUUCGCCUACAGUCAUAAUAUUGGCAUAUAUUGCCCGACAUUAUCUAUUACAGAACGAGUGACAAAAUUUAAAAAAAAUAACAGAAUUAAGUCCAUCACAAGAGCGAAUAACAAAAAUAAUAUUGUGUUAAUCAGCCGAGAGUCGCAGCCGCCAAAUUAAAUUUUGCAACACAGCCAAGCGAUCGGCCAGAUUUCAACGCGUAAUUUCACCGAUGGAUCCUCGCUCGAAAAGCGGGGAUCCUUUUAGGUGGUCAAAAAAUUUACACAAUUGAUUUCCUUGAGUAAUGGCACAGCAUAAAGAAACCAGCAGUCGCACUUCAAUAAAAAUACAUUGGCUUGAAUAAGCGAGUUUGGUGCAUGUGUACUAACGCAGGCGAGGCAUUUUUGCUUAUAGUAGGGAUGCCGCUGACACUCGCUACGGUCCACGUGGCUUUUGCCUUGGCUAGAGCCGGACUUAAACAUUUUUUUAGAUAUUAUUAUCUUGUAAAAUAAAAAUACCUACAUAGUACAAAUAUUGAUUUUUUAAUAUAAAUAAAGUUCAUACAUUAACAAAAUAUUUAAACAAAAAUAAACAUCGCAUUUCUACAUCUAACAACGACGAUAUAGAAGAAUACGUGCAGGAAGUUAAUUAGGUAUGAACCAUAACUUUAAGAGACCAUUCUUUGAGUAAUUUUAAAACAAAAGGUUCAUAUAAACAUAUGUCCAGAAAUUCUUCGUUCUCAAUAUACAGGGUGUUAAAAUUUAACAACAACUAAAAUAUAUGCCACUGACUUUUGUGCAAUUUUUAUUAUGUUCUGUGGAUUAUACAAAUAAAACUUUUCUGUCUCUUGAAUUUUUUUCGUAUCUUGCUUAGUUAAUAAUAAAUUCCAAAUGAAACUUUUCCCCAAAUUCCUUGUGUGAUCCAGGGAUAUGCAAUUAAGUGGACUUUUUUUUCUCGAAAAAUAAGCGAGAUACGAAAAAGUUGUAUUUGUAUUUGAGUAAAUCAAAUAAGAUAUUAAAAAUGGCACAAAAUUCAGGUGCCUCAAUUUUUUUGCCACAAUAUUUCUUCAGGUCCCGUACGAGAUUACACUGAACCUAAUAAAUUUAAUCAUGUUAGGGGUAAAUUAGCCUGUUAAAUAAUUUAUGGUACAUACUUAAUUAACACCCUGCAUAGUAACGCUUUUAGAUUAACAUCUGACUACAUAGUAGUUUAAGGAUAACUAAUUAUACAAAUAAAGUAAUAUUUCAAAACAAAUAGAAACUCUUAGGCCAAUAAAUAAAGACAAAUAGUUGGCAACAAUUCAAAACAAUUCUGCGAAACAUCUGCGAAUUUUUGUUAUAUUAUUAAGUACCAACUAAAGUAAAAGUAUACAAUUUUGCAACUCUUUUAAAUAUGGCAAUACUGUUAAAAUGGCAGAAAUAUAAAUAAUGUCCUUAAAAAUCCAAAAAAAAAAAUAUUACGUUGCUGCAACUUUAACUGAUGCUUAAUUAUGUUAUUUAAGCCAUACAGCCAAAUUUGCAGCUAUUAAAAACUUUGGCAAGUCAAUUAUUUUGCUUUAUUAAUAAUUUUUGACAUACCCCUCUUUUAAUACAAAAGUUUUUAUAAAAAACGCUACGCUUUGUAAAAACGCUAUCAAAAUAGUCACUAAGUACGGCGCUGAACUAGGCGAUACACCUAUGAACACAAUUCGAUAAACAGUGAGCUCCGCAUCCGGAGAACAUGGCUGCGGCAUGGCUAAGGAUGCUAUUAGUUCGCUUACAUUUUCGAGCGGAGUGAGACUGCUGGUUUCUUUAUGCUGUGGUAAUGGGAUGUGUACUUAGGGAACAUUUGGAUAUGUUCCAUUACUAAUUUUCGACGUGCAGGUUCCAUUUUUCUGCCAGGAUCUAUACCUCUCUUGUCCUUGGCGCAUAUGCGAUUUAUAUCCGUUAUUGCACAAACCGUUGUAAACCUUUUGUUACUUAUGUCAAGGGUUUUGAGAAAAUAUAUCUUACACACUCGCUUAUGUCGAAGGUAUAUUUCAGUACUCAACUGCCUGUUAGUAGCGGCGUUGUUUCGUUUUCUUUGAACGUCUUUUUUCCUUAUGCAUGAAGAAAUAACACACCAUUUUGUAGAUUGUAAUCGGCCAAUGCAUAAAACUGUUGAAAUAUUUCUUGUCUGUCAUCUUCAGAAAUAUUUGAAUCGCUUAUUUGUGAAGAGAUCUAAGUCACAAAAAUGACUUUUUGAGAAAAUCGAAAAAAAGUGUUUAUAUUUUUAACUUAAUAAAAAUAUAUAUAUUUUUUUUGGGGCAUAGUUACAAUUCGUAUAAUGUGUACUAUUUCUACUUAUUUACAAUUUUUUUUAAAGCAAAUAUUGUUUUAUUUAUAAUAUUGUUGAUCUGACUUAUAUCCUUUCACGAAUUAAUUUAAAAACUUCAAUAAAAUCAUUCGUUUUGUAAAUUAUAUUACUAAAUUUAUAAUAAAAAACAACAUCAUUGAUAAACUUUAUUCUCAAAUAUAUAGAACUAAACAUAUUGAACAUUUUUGAUGAAACAAAAAAUCACAUUUCAAUGAUCUAUAAGACAAAACUUUUAUUAUUCAUGCUCAGCUUCCGCAUCAGUGGUUGGCCAGCCCAGUAUUUUCUCAUAAAAGUCCAUAAAGUUUUCAGGAAUAUAACCAGUUACUUUCCUGAUAUCAUUAAUUUUUUUUAUAUUAAUUGGAAUUUUUUCCCCCGGAUAAGCUCUUUCAUUAGCCAGUUGAACAAUUCCAGCAUCAGGAAUUUUUAACAAAAAAGAACUCUUUUGUACUCCAUCAAUAUACUUUAAGGCUUCAACAGUUCCUUUCCUUUCAUGAUUGUAGCGAAACUCCAUAAAAGUGGAAACUGCGAAUGACUCUUUUUUUGAACGUGGAAUAGACCUAGCACUGCUCUCCAAGGAAAAGCAAGUUUUUUUAUAGUACUUGGACCACCAGUUUUUAAAAUUUAACACAUCAUCAGUAUCGACCAUUUCGACAGUAAAUUUUUGCCCUUUUGCAGCAUUGCAAAUUACUUCACACACUUCCAUGGGUGUAUACAGCCUGUCUAUGCGAUUUAGUUUGCGUUUGACUAAACCAAAGUCACGAUCGCACGGCAAAAAUGAAUGGCCGCGAAUCGGAAAUUUGUGAACAACUUUUUCAAACGUUCCACUGUCAGUAAGAGCAAGACAAAAGCGAGUCAUAACAUUGUUCUUAUUUUGGCCCCCAGAACCGUCACUAUAGAGAUGAAGUUCUUUUACGCUGGCAGGAACAUUUUGUUUUAUAUAUUUGAAUAAAAAAGAACAUGUUUCAUUUGGCCCUUUUUUAGCCAGACCUUCAUGGUAAAGAAAAAACUGAGCACUUCCAUUUUUUAGAUUGUGAAUACCAAAAGGAAAUAAAGAAAGCUGACGUAAGUAAAAAAUAUCCUGUACGGGAAUAGACGGCAACGAAAUAUUCUGCAUAUAAUCAAAACAUAGUCCGAGAACUCUAUCAUUUUCUUUGCACAUUUUUUCUGUAUUUUGUAUGCUAGUAUUAAAUUUUUUAGAACGUCUUUUGUGCACCAUAAGUUCAGCUAAAGCAGCUCUUUUCGCUGUUUCAUUUAAAGAGGAACUUGUGGAUUUAAUUUCAAGUUCCUCGCAUUGACAACACGUAUCUACUUGCGGUCGUCCAAAUUUAUAAUCAAAAUGCUCUUUAAAAAUUUUGUAAUAUGUCGAAUAUUUCACAUCAAUUUAUGUAUGCUUUUCUUUGAAUAAGCUAUGCAGCUUCUUGACAUUUAACUUUGCAUCCAGAUAUAGAUAUUCUUUGGAUGCAUAGUGACUAUGUUUAACAGGAAAUGUUGAAAUGUGUUCACAGACUAUCUGAAUAAUAUUACCUGGAACAGUUUUUCGAUUAUUUUGUAGGCCUCUUAAAUCUCUCGGGGAUUUUCCAAGAUUUAAAAGAAGUUGCAACCGUUGUACUAACUUAGAACUUAUGCCAUGCAAGCUUAAAAAUGCUUUUUUGCAAACCUUUCGUCUCUCUGUGUUAACCAAUACAAAAUAUUCAAAAGAUGAACUUCUUUGUUUUGCUUCUUCUUUCCGUGGCCGCCUGUUCUUGAUAUUGUUUGACACCAAUAGUCCUUGCAGGUAAAUAUCUUGUUCGUUUUUGGUUGAAAAAGAACGAAACUUAUUCAUUAUGUGAAUUUGUUCUGCUGGAGUUAGUUUUUCAAAACAUUUUAGCUUGCACCUGCAAGAAUUCAUUCCCAUUAAAAAACUUCUUAAAAAACUUAAAAUUUUGUUAAACUUACAUGCAUGGCUCGCCAACAGCUUUUCCUGGAACCAUGUUAUCUCGAUAGUUUCUAUACGGUUGUCCCAGCAAUCGACUUUUCUUAAUUCUCACAGCUUUAUAUUCAUCUGUGUUUUUAACUCCCUUUUUUCUCUUUUUUUCAAUAUGCUCGCUCACUAUCACUCAUAUUAUUUAGUAUAUUAAAAAAGAAACCAAACAGAAAAACUGAAAUAUUUAGUCCGAACACGUUGGCUAACAAAACAAUAAUAAACAACUUUUCGUAAUGGCCACGUGCAUACCGAUGCGGCGCGACUGCCGCCAGUCCGUGUAAAUUUAUGAAAUGAUUUAUGUCACUGACUCAUACCCUUUCAAAAAUAAAUAUAAUAUUGUGAUGCCUUCUUUUUUGCUACGGGUAGUACAGACUUAGAUCCUUUCAAGACUAAACGGUAGAUAUACGUGCUAUAAAUAAGAUUUUAUAGUAAUCUUGAUUUUCGUCAAGUAGUGACUUAUACCCUUUCAUAAAUAAGCAAUUCAUUUGUGCUCUGCAAGUGUGUUCAUAGGGCUUAACACUACGUUGGAUAUGUGGCUUAUUUUUAUGACCAAUAUACGUUUUUUCUGAAUUUCUAAGCGUUUUUUGUACCUUAAUAUUUUUCUACUUAAUUUCUUUCUUUAAAGAGCGUCACUGGGUCCAGCUACAUCUUUAUUGGAGGCGUCACUAUCUAAAUCAGAAAACACUGCACUGUUAUCUGAAAAUAAAAAUCAUUAUUUUAUUACACAUUAAUAAAUUUAAAAACAUAUAUGAGCAAAAAUUAAGUACUUAUUUUAAGCAAAGUAUUUUAUUUACCUGUUACUUGAGUGUAUCUUUCUGCUAAAUCAACAUCAUCAUUGGAAGUAUCACUUUCAGGUAUGUUAUCUCUGUCUUCAUCGGUGGCAAAUGGAUCGAAAAGUUCGUGUUCGUUCCAAACAAAUGUGAACUUAAGGUAGUAAUCUAAGUACUUAUCUCAGAUUUCGUUAAAAUUGUACUUAUACCCCUUUUAUUCUAAACGCCUUAAAUAAGUUACUGUAGAAUGGUUUUAAAUGUCCAUUUUCGGGUUUUAAAGUAUGUUCGAUAAGACUCAGUCAUUUGAUCACAAAUAUCAACUCCGCCCAUCUUUUCAUUAUAAACUUUAAUAAUUACAUUUGGACAGGAUACUUCUAUAUGUUUUUUUUGUGUUUUUAUCCCAUCUCUGAACAGUUUUUACUGGUUCUAUUCCAAAAGCCUUGACGACUGAUUUGUUAUCUUUCCAUUUUGUCAAACAUACUUUCCUAUUUUUUACGUGCACUUCUGCGUCGCCUCUUUUUGAAAUACACAUCCAUUUACUCUGUUUGUCAUUAUGGUUCCCGUUCCUUCCAUUUUUUAUUUUUCAAAUAAUGGUAUUGUGGAAAAAUAUCGGUCAAAAAAAACUAAAGCUUCCAGGUGGCAAGGUUUGUAUUAAACGAAGAAUAACUGAUGGCCCUAAACCAAGUUGUUUAUCUGGCAAUGGCGUCAAGGAACCCUGGUAUAUUUCGAAGCCCAAUAUUGUACCACAAGACGUUGUAAUGACAAAAUUCUUAAGUCCAACCGGUCUUGGUUUAUUUUUGACAUAUUGACGUAUAGGACAUCGUCCUAAAAAGGGUAUCAUUUGCUUAUCAAUUGAAAAACAACCAUUCUCUGGCCUGUGAAUUUCAAGACAUCUUUGUCGAACUCGGUCUAUCAUUGGUUAAACUUUCCAGAGAUGAUUCUUCUUUUUGAUAUCAUCCGAUACUGAUAGAUUAGAUAGAAGUUUAUAAAAGCUGUCAUGCGCCAUAACAUUAGCUAUAAGAGGUAAUCGAUAUUUGAUACUCCAGUAAAGGUGGAUUCUAGGAAACUUAAAACAUCCCAUAAUUGCAUGCAUACCAAAAAAUUGCCUAAUUUCUUCAUCAGUCAAUUUUGGAGUGAUUUCCCUACCAUGUUGUUCCAAGUAAUACUGAGAAGUUAACGCUUAGGGAAAACAAUGCAUUACUUAAAUAAUUUGACAUUAAAAACACAGUUUAAAUUAAUUUUAGUUAAAACUUUAUUCGCCAUCACUAGUCACAAGAAUUCGAAAAAACAAAAAAAAAACGGUAAUUCAUGCUCCUCUGCCGAAGGCAAAAUGGCUACUAAAUCCAGCUCGUGCGUAAAGAGGUGUCUUGCACAAUGGUGUCGUAUCGUUUUGGACAGUUAAAAUAUCAUUUUGAUGUUUAUAUCCCAUGUUAAUAAGACUCACACAAUUGUGACAUGCUGGAGCGUAAGGGUUAUUGCUAUUUUCGACCUCAUCAAAUAUAACUUGAUUUAUCUCGUCAUCUUUAUCCGAAUCGGGAUUAGACUCACUGCCACUAGAGACACCUCGUAAGUACAAAAUGAUACAUUUUGAGAAAUCAGAAAAAAGUAUUUUUUUCUUUUGUUUAACGUAAAAUCGUUGUUUAAUAAGUGUAAGAAUAUAAUAGGAAAUAGUUAUAAAAAACGAAUUUUUAAAAAACACAUCUUUUCUUUGUAAAACCAAACUUACGUGCUAUUGGAACACAAAAAAUAACACUUACGUGUUAUUGCACUUUAUUAAUUUAUUUUAUUACAUUGAAAAGUGAGUAGAGGUAUCCAAUCAUAUUAUUUCACAUUAACAACGAAAAAAUCAUAAUUAAAUAAGAAACCUAAAAACUAUUAGUUUUUAUAAAUGAAUAGUUUCCAAAACACAAAAAAAACUUAAAUUUUAAUUUAAAUAUAAAUUUUAAUUCAAAUUUUUAUUUAAAUAUAUACGGCAGCGGGUCCGCAUGACCUGUCUUACAUUUUGCGGCUUUGGGAGCAAUAAUCUAACAUUUUCGGGCAUAUUUCUACGGCAUUGGGACACCAAUGGGUCUAAAAUUUUAUAAGCAACGCAUAUUUUCGGCUUUGGUAAAUUGAGACCAUAACACCUUGAACGUAUAUAUACGGCGGCUGGGACUACAGACCUACCUUUUUAAAAAACAUAUAUAUAUAUAUAUAUAUAUAUAUGCGGCGUUGGAACAUCAGAAAGAGUUAAAUGUAAAUAAAAAUGUCAUCAAAUUUCAGUUUAGAAGACCAACGUGGCAUUUCCUUAUUGAAUUCAUCUUCAGGGACCGAUUUAUCCGCUUGCGUCUUCAAUUUUUAAGUUUUUGUAUUCGGCACACUGAUACCCGUCAACCAUUAAAAUAAUCGCAGUAAACUAUCGAGAUUUAACAGGCGGCCUUAUUUAUUCAAAACUACGAUUUUUAUUAUACGUCGAUGUUAGUUUUUAUUGUGAUAACUUUUUGAAACCUUCGAGAUCUGGAUUUUUUUUUUUUUUUUAUAACGCUACGCUAUAUAAAACUAACUAGAGUUGAACUGUAAAUAUUGUUUUACCUACAUAAAAGUUUUUUUGGGUGUUUAAAAUAUAAAACGCAUUCCAUUUAAUGGUAGUAAUUUUUCCGUCGUGGUAAGUUUAAUUUAGUGCCAUUGGGUAAAAGGGCGUUUGGAACGUAUGCACACUCCUGAAUAAGAGAUUCCUUAGUUACUUUAAGACCAACCACCCACCAGACUUGAGGUCCGUUGACUUUUUGGAAAUAAGCGUAAAACGAGAAUUUUCAGAUUAGUUCUUUUACUGCAUACGUUCCAUACGCCGUUUUACUCGAUUUUUAGUGGUUACUACGAAUUAAGGUGGCUUUCUUCCUUCUUUAUCAUCUACAUGUAUGUUUUUUUUAGAAACUGUAUAAGUAAUCUCCCGUUUAAAAAAAAAAGAAAAAACAUUAAAAUAACAUAAUUUUUAUAUUUAUUUGAACAUUAUAUAUAUUUCAAAAAAAAUUAAAAAACGGAUAUUUUUCUAUACUUAAUGGUUUGCUAUAUACCGUACCCACGAAUGUUGUAAAUAGAGAAUUCUAUACCGCGUUGCCUUCCAUUUAAUAUGUUAAGGAUUAUUAAUUAAUUAAUUUUUUAUUAAUAGUGCUACUUUUAAGGUUAUGGAUUAUAUGACGUUCCAGUUUUGUUUCCGGGCACCCCCGGACCGAAGAAUAUUGUUUCGGUUCCGAAUUGUAUAAUGGUGGAACUAAAUUUUUAAUUUUUAAUUCUUUUGGGUAGUUUAAACGCAGUUACUUAUUCAUUUGUAUAACAUUAGGGUUAUCAAUAAACCUUUUAUUAGAACGUU